AUGGUGACGCCUGAAUUGGCGGCCCAACAUGAGAACAGGGACGCUCUCGAAGAAGACUUGGAUCUAAAAGUGAGGAGCCGCACAUCCAGUAGAAGGGACUCUUGUCGACUGCGAUCUCAGAGCAAAUUGUCAAAUGGCACAUUAUCAGACAGCCUCACGAUCCUUUCGGACAAGCAGUUCACAACAGAAAAUACGUGUGAGGACGAUACAGACGAACAUAUUGAGCCUGCCCCAGUACAACGUAUCCUCAAAUACAACCAACCAGAAUGGCCCUACAUGCUGCUGGGCUCGGUGGGAGCUGCUUUCAAUGGCUCUGUCAGCCCCAUCUAUGCUAUCCUGUUCAGCCAAAUUCUUGGGACGUUCGCUAUUAGUGACUUGAACGAACAGACGAAACAGAUCAACGAGAUGUGUAUUCUGUUUUGCAUUGUGGCUGUGAUUAUUUUCUUCUCCCAGUUUUUGCAGGGAUAUGCUUUUGCCAAGUCUGGAGAGCUGCUGACCCGCCGUUUAAGAAAAUUAGGCUUCCAGGCCAUGUUGAGACAGGAGAUUGGUUGGUUUGAUGACCCCAAAAACAGCCCUGGAGCUCUGACCACUAGACUGGCCACUGAUGCAUCAAUGGUGAAGGGGGCAACAGGAUCUCAGAUUGGCAUGAUUGUGAGCUCAUUGACCAGCAUCGGAGCGUCUUUCAUCAUUGCUAUGUACUUCAGUUGGAAGUUAACUUUGGUAAUUUUGUGCUUCCUGCCACUCAUCGGGCUGUGCGGUGUGUUCCAAGCUAAAAUGCUGACAGGUUUUGCAAAUGAAGACAACAAAGCCAUGGAAGCAGCGGGUCAGGUUUCCAGUGAGGCUCUUGCCAACAUCAGGACCAUUGCAGGCUUGGCCAAAGAGAGCUCAUUUGUGGAAUCAUAUGAGCAGAAACUUGUUCUUCCAUUUAAAUUUGAGAGGAAGAGAGCCAACAUCUACGGGCUUUGUUUCGGUUUUUCCCAGUGUGUCAUCUUCCUGGCAAAUGCUGCUUCGUUUAGAUAUGGAGGCCAUCUGGUUAUGUCUGAGGGGUUGCAAUACAUGAUUGUUUUCAGAGUGAUUACAGCUGUAGUAACCAGUGGGACAGCACUGGGCAAAGCUUCCUCAUUCACUCCAGAUUAUGCCAAAGCCAAAAUUGCUGCUGCUCGGCUUUUCAAACUGUUGGACCGAGUUCCUAAAAUCAACAUAAGCCAUGCAGAUGGAGAGAAAUGGGAUGACUUCAGAGGUAAAAUAGAGUUCCUCAAUUGCAACUUCACCUAUCCAACUCGGCCAGAUGUCCAGGUGUUGAACGGCCUGGUUGUGUCUGUGAAGCCUGGUCAGACUUUGGCGUUUGUUGGGAACAGCGGCUGUGGGAAGAGCACAAGUGUUCAACUGUUGGAAAGGUUCUAUGACCCCGAUGAAGGGAGAGUGUUGAUUGAUGGUUGCCCAUCUCAUACAGUCAAUGUGCCCUACCUACGAUCUCAGAUUGGCAUAGUGUCCCAGGAGCCAGUCUUGUUUGACUGCAGCAUAGCGGAGAAUAUUCAGUAUGGAGAUAACACAUGCAGUGUCAGCAUGGAAGCGAUUGUUGAGGCUGCAAAGAAAGCCUACCUUCACGACUUUGUGAUGACGCUUCCAGAUAAAUAUGAGACCCAGGUUGGUGCCCAGGGCUCCCAGCUGUCAAGAGGACAAAAACAACGCAUCGCCAUUGCCCGGGCCAUCAUCAGAAACCCCAAGGUCCUGCUACUUGAUGAAGCUACCUCUGCCCUGGACACAGAGAGUGAACAGAUUGUCCAGUCUGCUCUGGAUGAGGCGAGAAAAGGACGAACCUGCAUUACCAUCGCUCACCGGCUGUCUACAAUCCAGAAUGCUGACAUCAUAGCAGUGAUGUCUAAUGGAGUCGUCAUAGAGCAAGACACUCAUGAUAAUCUCAUGGCCAAGAGGGGCGCCUAUUAUAAUUUGGUCACAACAGGCGCUCCUAUCAGCUAG